AUGGGGGACAAGGAUAAAAUUUUGGAAGCUGUUGUGAAGGAAGCUGUUGAUUUGGAGAACGUUCCACUUGAAGAGGUUUUUCAAACGUUGAGAUGUAAUACAAAUGGUUUGACAACAGAGGCGGCUCAUGAGAGGUUGGCUAUUUUUGGACACAACAAGCUUGAAGAAAAGAAGGAGAGUAAGGUUUUGAAGUUCUUGGGAUUUAUGUGGAACCCUCUCUCAUGGGUCAUGGAAGCUGCUGCUAUAAUGGCUAUUGCUCUAGCUAAUGGAGGAGGAAAACCUCCAGAUUGGCAGGAUUUUGUUGGGAUCAUAACCUUGUUAAUUAUCAAUUCAACUAUUAGUUUUAUAGAGGAGAACAAUGCUGGAAAUGCUGCGGCUGCUCUCAUGGCUCGUCUUGCACCGAAAGCUAAGGUUCUUAGAGAUGGGAAGUGGGUUGAGGAGGAAGCAUCAGUUCUUGUUCCAGGUGAUAUAAUUAGCGUCAAGCUCGGUGACAUUAUUCCUGCUGAUGCUCGCCUCCUUGAAGGUGAUCCGUUAAAGAUUGAUCAAUCUGCUCUCACAGGCGAGUCACUUCCUGUGACUAAAGGCCCCGGUGACAGUGUGUAUUCAGGUUCAACAUGCAAACAGGGAGAAAUUGAAGCAGUUGUUAUUGCUACUGGUGUUCAUACAUUCUUUGGCAAAGCUGCUCAUCUUGUAGACUCCACGAAUCAAGUGGGUCACUUCCAGAAGGUCUUGACUGCUAUUGGAAAUUUCUGCAUAUGUUCUAUUGCUGUGGGCAUGAUUGUUGAGAUUAUUGUCAUGUACCCCAUCCAACAUCGGGCAUACCGACCAGGGAUCGACAAUCUCUUGGUUCUCCUCAUUGGAGGAAUUCCCAUUGCAAUGCCAACUGUUUUGUCGGUCACGAUGGCGAUUGGAUCGCACCGUCUAUCUCAACAGGGAGCUAUCACUAAACGAAUGACUGCAAUAGAAGAAAUGGCUGGAAUGGACGUGCUCUGUAGCGACAAAACAGGAACACUGACAUUAAAUAAGCUUACUGUUGACAAGACUCUGAUAGAGGUUUUUGCCAAGGGAGUGGUUGUGGAUGCUGUCGUUCUCAUGGCAGCUCGGGCCUCUCGAGUUGAAAAUCAAGAUGCUAUAGAUGCUGCUAUAGUAGGGAUGUUAAGUGAUCCAAAGGAGGCACGAGCAGGCAUUCAAGAGGUUCACUUCCUUCCAUUCAACCCAACCGACAAGCGAACUGCCCUGACAUACAUUGAUGCUGAUGGAAAAAUGCAUCGAGUCAGCAAAGGUGCUCCAGAGCAGAUCUUGAAUCUUGCACACAACAAAUCAGAGAUAGAUAGAAGAGUUCAUGCUGUCAUCGAUAAGUUUGCAGAGCGAGGAUUGCGCUCCCUUGCAGUGGCAUACCAAGAAGUUUCAGAUGGAAGAAAGGAGAGUCAUGGCGGGCCAUGGCAAUUCGUCGGCCUAAUGCCUCUGUUUGACCCACCUAGACAUGAUAGUGCAGAGACCAUUAGAAGGGCUUUGAAUCUUGGUGUAAAUGUUAAAAUGAUCACAGGUGAUCAACUGGCUAUAGGAAAGGAAACAGGACGUCGGCUUGGGAUGGGAACAAAUAUGUAUCCUUCAUCUGCAUUAUUAGGACAGAACAAAGAUGAAUCAAUUUCUGGAUUGCCUGUUGAUGACUUAAUUGAAAAGGCUGAUGGAUUUGCUGGUGUAUUUCCCGAACACAAAUAUGAGAUUGUGAAACGUUUACAAGCUCGGAAACAUAUAUGUGGAAUGACUGGAGAUGGUGUUAAUGACGCCCCUGCUCUUAAAAAGGCCGAUAUUGGCAUAGCAGUUGCAGAUGCAACCGAUGCAGCUCGUAGUGCUUCUGACAUUGUUCUUACAGAGCCUGGUCUUAGUGUCAUUAUAAGCGCUGUUCUAACCAGCAGGGCCAUCUUCCAGAGGAUGAAAAAUUACACGAUUUAUGCCGUUUCAAUUACAAUUCGUAUCGUGCUUGGAUUCAUGUUGCUGGCCCUUAUAUAUCAAUUUGACUUCCCACCUUUCAUGGUUCUAAUCAUUGCUAUUCUUAAUGAUGGUACCAUAAUGACAAUAUCAAAGGAUAGAGUGAAACCAUCUCCUCUGCCAGAUAGCUGGAAACUGGCAGAGAUUUUUGGCACAGGAAUUAUACUUGGAGGCUAUUUGGCUAUGAUGACCGUUAUUUUCUUCUGGGCGGCUUACAAGACCGACUUCUUUCCUCGUACAUUUGGGGUUUCUAGCCUUCAAAAGAAGGACGAGGAUGAUUUCAGAAAGCUAGCUUCAGCAAUAUACCUGCAAGUGAGUACAAUUAGUCAGGCCCUCAUCUUUGUGACACGAUCUCGGAGUUGGUCGUUUGUGGAGCGUCCUGGCCUGUUAUUGGUUGCAGCUUUUGUUAUUGCUCAGCUAAUUGCUACACUGAUUGCUGUCUAUGCAAACUGGAGUUUUGCUGCAAUAGAAGGAAUUGGCUGGGGCUGGGCUGGUGUGGUUUGGCUUUACAACCUCGUCUUUUAUUUCCCACUUGAUAUAAUCAAAUUUGCAAUCAGAUAUGCCAUUAGUGGUAGGGCAUGGGACCUUGUCAUUGAACAAAGGAUUGCCUUUACAAGGAAGAAAGAUUUCGGGAAGGAAGAGCGUGAGCUCAAAUGGGCACAUGCACAAAGGACACUUCAUGGGCUGCAGCCACCUGAGGCUAAGAUGUUCUCUGAGCGCACUACUUAUACAGAACUCAAUCAAAUGGCGGAGGAAGCAAAACGACGGGCUGAAAUCGCGAGGCUGAGAGAGCUGCACACACUGAAAGGUCAUGUUGAAUCAGUGGUGAGGCUGAAGGGUCUUGAUAUCAAUACGAUUCAGCAGUCCUACACGGUAUAGAGAACAGAGGCUUUCAAAUCUGCAUAGCUGCAUAGUGUAGUUACAAAUCACAGAGAGAAGAUCCAUCCGUAUUUCUUAUAUGAUGUAUAAAAGCCCUUACAAACAUAUAAUUUUCCAUAGUAGAACAAGUGAUUCCAAAUCCAUAGAAUGAAUGCUUGUAAUGAUUAUCACUGGUGUGAUUCCCCUCGUCUAUGAAAAAAAUAUGUGCCAUUUUUGCUGAA